AUGGCUAUCACUGGAUUCCAAUUACAAAACGGCGUGGUUGCUUUACUUCUCUUCUCUUUCUAUUUUGCCAGUGGAGAUAUAAGCUAUUCUUUUCCGGAGGAGGUGAGACGCGGAUCCGUGAUCGGAAAUAUUGCAAAAGACCUGGGCCUGGAUUCAAACAGACUAUCCUUUCGAAAAGCCCGUAUUGAUACCGAUGGGAGCGCCAAACUUUACUGUGACAUAAACCUAACGAACGGGGAUCUGACUGUAGCCGAGAGGAUUGACAGAGAGGGCCUGUGUGGAGACAAAGCAUCCUGCGUGUUAAAACAGGAACUGAUGUUAGAGAAUCCAUUAGAAUUACAUCGCAUUAACCUUCAUGUCCAGGAUAUAAACGACAACCCUCCACAAUUUAAUAAAGAUCUGAUUGAUAUAGAUAUUAGUGAAUCGGCGGUGAAAGGUGCUCGCUUUCCAAUAGAAGAAGCGCAUGAUGCCGAUAUAGGCAAAUAUUCAAUUCAGACGUACAACCUACAGCAGAAUGAGAACUUUAUUCUGGGCGUUGGAACGAAUUCUGUGGAACUAGUCCUUAAUAAAGAGCUUGACCGUGAAAACUUAAAGGAAAUCAAUCUAUUUCUUACAGCUCUGGACGGUGGUUCCCCUCAAAAGUCAGGUACUGUGGUCAUUCACAUUACUGUCCUGGAUGCUAAUGAUAACGUCCCAGUGUUCAGCCAGGCCGUUUAUAAAGCCAGUCUGCCUGAAAACUCUCCGGUAGGUACUGUCGUGCUUACAGUAAGUGCUACUGAUGCAGAUGAGGGACUAAAUGGAGAGGUUACAUACGACUUUGGACACAUUUCAGAAGAUGUUAAAUCAAUGUUUGCCAUUGAUCGCAAGAUAGGUAAUAUAAAAUUGAUGACUAUGAUGGAUUUUGAAACAGUGUCAUCAUUUGAACUGCGUGUUACAGCAAAAGAUGGUUUGGGAUUAACUUCUUAUGCCAAAAUCAUCAUAGAUGUUACAGAUGUGAAUGACAACGCACCAGUAAUAUAUCUAAAAUCACUGACUAACCCCAUACCUGAGAAUGUGUCACCUGGUACAGAGGUGGGCAUCAUUAAUGUACAGGACAGAGACUCUGAAAAUAACAGACAGGUCCGCUGCUCGAUUCAGCAAGGCGCCCCUUUUAAAUUAGCCCCCUCUGUUAAAAACUACUAUUCUCUGGUGACUACAGGUCAACUGGACCGUGAACUAGUGUCUGAUUACAACAUAACAAUCACAGCCACUGACGAGGGCUCUCCACCUCUGUCCUCCUCUAAAACUGUUCAGUUAUCUGUAGCAGACAUCAACGACAACCCACCUGUGUUUGAGGAACAGUCGUACAGCGCAUAUGUGAGUGAAAAUAACAAACCUGGCUCCACUUUAUGUUCCGUUACUGCUCGAGACCCUGACUGGAGACAAAACGGUACAGUGAUUUAUUCUCUGUUAGCUGGUGAGGUGAACGGAGCCCCGGUGUCCUCCUAUGUAUCUGUUAACGGAGACACGGGGGUGAUCCACGCUGUGAGGUCGUUUGAUUAUGAACAGUUCAGGAGUUUUAAAGUCCACGUGAUGGCCAGAGACAACGGUUCUCCUCCGCUGAGUAGCAAUGUGACCGUCAGUGUCAUCAUAUCGGAUAUGAAUGACAAUGCUCCUCAGAUACUGUACCCUGCCCCAGAGGGCAACACCUUCAUGACCGAGCUGGUCCCUAAAGCUGCACACGGAGGGUCUCUUGUGUCCAAAGUGAUAGCAGUGGACGCGGACUCCGGACAGAACGCCUGGCUGUCCUAUCAUAUAGUCAAAUCCACUGAUCCGGGACUUUUCAGUAUUGGUGUCCACAGCGGAGAGAUCAGGACACAGCGGGACAUUUCUGAAUCUGACAGCAUGAAACAGAACCUUAUUGUGUCAGUGAAAGAUAACGGACAGCCCUCUCUCUCUGCCACCUGUUCCAUGUAUUUACUUAUUUCUGAUAACUUGGCUGAGGUCCCAGAACUGAAGGAUAUGUCUUAUGAUGAGAAGAAUUCCAAACUGACCUCUUAUCUGAUCAUCGCGCUGGUGUCUGUGUCCACUUUUUUUCUGACCUUCAUCAUCAUCAUCCUGGGUGUGAGGUUUUGUCGCAGGAGAAAGCCCAGACUCUUGUUUGAUGGAGCAGUUGCCAUCCCCAGCGCUUAUCUCCCUCCUAAUUACGCAGAUGUUGACCCCACAGGAACUUUACGCAGCACUUAUAAUUAUGACGCCUACUUGACAACAGGUUCUAGAACCAGUGACUUUAAGUUCGUUUCAUCUUACAAUGACAACACUCUGCCUGCUGACCAGACUCUGAGGAAAAGUCCAUCAGACUUUGCUGAAGUGUUUGGAGAUUGUGAUGGUUCUCUGGAGGUAGGCAAACGUGUCAUAUCUUCUUUCCAAACUUGA